AGUCGCUGCCGAGCGUUCGCCGUGGUAGCCGUACUGUUAAUAAUUUCAGUGUUGUGUUUGUGAAGUGUAGUGUUUUCUUGUCUUGGAUUGUGAUUGUCUAUGGUGAAUCCGCGAACUGUGGCUGAUUAGAUUAGAUAAGAUGAAACUCGACUACUGAGGAGAAGUCGUGACGAAAAACACAUAAUAAAACCCGUGAAAUGUGGAGAUAACAGCGUGUUAAUAAGAGUGUUAAAUUUUUAAAAAAAUAUGAUUACGUGAUUCAAGAAUUAAAAAAGUGUACCAGUGCGUUUUGUGGAAGAAUUAUGAUAGAAAGGGUGUAAUAAAAGACCCAGAAAAAUGGGUUGUAAGUUGGGAAAGUUGGCAGCGUCCGAGCGGCAAAGGGGGGUGAAUGCAACACCAGCUAUAUCUGAUGGUCCACCCCCAGCUACGGACCCUCGGUUACCGCUGACUGCUAAGCAGAAAUACUCCAUGUUGGCGUCAUGGAAAGGGAUAUCCAGGGCCAUGGAGAAGACUGGCAUUUGUAUGUUUAUUAAAUUAUUUGAAGAGAACCAAGACCUGCUAAACAUGUUCGAGAAAUUUCGCCAAUGCAAAACCAAGGAGGAGCAAAUCAAUUCGAUGGAGUUAGCAGAGCACGCGAAUAACGUCAUGAACACUUUGGACGAAGGCAUCAAGGGACUGGACGAUUUGGACAACUUCUUCGAGUACAUACACCAAGUUGGCGCCAGCCAUAGGAAAAUACCGGGCUUCAAAGUUGAAUAUUUUUGGAAAAUCGAGACCCCGUUCCUGGCAGCUGUCGAGUCAACGCUAGGGGACCGCUACACGCCUAACGUGGAGAAUAUAUACAAAAUUACAAUAAAAUUUAUAUUAGAAACCCUUGUCGAAGGCUUUGAGAAGGCUGGCAAGACCACGUGAGCGAAGAUUUAAACAAAACACAUAAGAAUGUUACCAAAAAACCUUACAAAGAAACUCUUCAAGAGGCACUCGUGAAAAAAGAUUGUAUAACAAAAAUUGCGUAGGAGCAACACUUCGCCACUGUAAAGAAGCUAUAAUAAAAAUUGACAAAGGCGUUUUAUAAAAAAAUAUAUGGCAUAUUUACUUUUAAAAAGUUUAUAACAAAGACGGUAGAUUAACAGAAAAUUCUGUAAUUAAUUUGACAACUAUUAACACUUUGAAUUUUCAUUUUUACGCAAUUUUUCAUAUUUUACGUGCCAAGAUUUCGACAUUGAAGAGUUUGGAAUGGAGAAGACAAUUUAAACGGUUUAAUACAUUUCAAAAAUAGUGACGUGAUUACAUUUAAUUUGUUACCUGUAAAUCCCUGACGAUAUAAUUUUAAUAUCGUGAAUACACUUCAUAAAACUCUUGUGCCUCCCAGUGAGGUCAGUAUACUUAUAACGUCGUGUGGGUAAAAUUCUAGUCUACGGAAUACAGUGGAAUUUAAAACGUCAAUUUGCGAAGAACUGUUAUAUUAAUAUGAACAGCAUCAAUGUGUAUAAUGUGAAUAAUUAACGUUAUUUAUAGAAAUAAAUCUCUUUUCUUUGCGAUUGUUAGUCAAAUCAUAAUAAUUUAUAUGGUUAAGGCCUUGCGUUAAAUCGGAAUUAAAAGUUGUUGAAAUUAUUUCAUAUAAUUUUAUUAGAACGCUUGUUAAUAGGAUAUAAUUUCAGUAAUACAUAGUAAAAAUAAUUAUUGUAGCUACUAAUAAGUAUAAAUGUGCGUGUAAUAAAAAUAAUUUACUGUCACAAAAUGCUUGUUAAUUUUUUAUUAUCGUUAAAUUUCUUGUUAUUUAAUGCACUCACAUGGCUGGUCCAAUGUUAUUAUUUAAGUAUUGUAAGGAUAAUUUUUUCGUGUUCGAUUUUUUAAUUAUACAUUGCGUCUUCCUAAGUGAGCGAAAGAUUUCUGUUCUAUAUUGGUUUGGUUCCGAAAAUAUGAUAUUGUAUUUCUAGAGCAAAGGUCUUGAAAAGCGCAAAUCUAGCACAACCAAUUUAAUAUACCUAUAAAAUCUAUUUUUGAAAUUCAAUUUAAAAAUAAAUCAACCAUAUUGUACACAAAUAUUUUUAGACUUAAUAUCCCAAGUUGAUAUAGUUUACAAAAUAAUUUUCCUACAGAACUAAGCUAAGUUUGUAAAUGAAAAUAUUCAGAACUCACCCAACAAAAAUGCUAAAAGAAACAUUUUUUUCUUUUCGAUAUCUUUUGUUGAAGCGAAAGGCAACGACGAAUUUAUCUCAUGAAUAAAAUAUAUUAUUGACGUUAUUUAAAUAAAAUUAAAAAACUAUGAAAUUGAAGACUAUUAUAUUGUUUACGUUUCCUUUUUUUUUCUAAAAAAAAACAACAAGCAAAUUUAAUUUAAUCAGCCUUAAAAAGUAAAUAUAUUGUAAUGUUUUGUUUUUUUAUUAUGUAGUACUCAAUUUCCGUCAAUUGUCGUAUGAUAUAAAAUACCUAAAAGGUAAUAAAACUUAAAUAUAUAAUGUUCAACAUGACCUGACUUUCAAGGUUGAAUCACGCAAACCCUCUCGGAAUCGAUCAGGCUUCGAAGCUUACUAAUCGUCGCCUGGUAUUUAUCGUAUCGUAUCGUAUGCUAUGGAUAUACCGCUUUUGAUUCAAGUGUGGUUCAUUUCAAUUUUUGCACCUGGUUGAAUUGAUGCCAAGGUGAACGAACGUCUAAAAAGGCACACAUGUGUUUUUUGUAAGAAUAAAUAUAUACAAAAGACGAACAAACAAAAAGUUCUAAUUAAUU